CGGCCAUACAGCCAUCAGUCACUGCCUUGCCUCCUCAGGGAACAACAGCCAAACCCGCCUCUUCGUGUCCUCUUGGAUUUAACUCCGCAACCAAACCAACCAACCACCAUGCCUGCCAUCGGAAACGAGAUCUCCACCUUCGUCUCCCAGUUCACCAACAACCUGGACCUGUUCAAGGGCCAGAUCAGGGACGCCCUCACCACCCUCGACAUCGCCACCAUCGCCACUACCUCCUGUCCACCUCCAGCAGCAAGAGGUCUCUCAUGAUGUCGCCCGUGCUGGCCCAGCUCGCCUCCAACGCCUGGGACAUGAGGGACGAACUUGGCUUCUCCAACAUGAUCGAGUCCAGGUCCUUCGAAACCCUGUCCCCCGUCCUGAACGCCAUCAGACUAGCCAUGGAGAAGUACGAACACCUCCAAUAGUGUGCUCAUGGGACUUCUCCAGCCUCCUGCAGAAGGUCACCAUCACGGAGCACGCCCACCGUCCCUCAGUCUCGCCCUCUACUGAGAAACAGGCAUCUCAGGUUGUCUUCAGCAACAACUGGAGAGCGAGAUCUGCGAAGACGCUAAGAUUCUUCGUCAGUGAACCCUCUAAAGGCGCGGCUAAAAAAGAUGUUAUGUCAUUUGCUCAGCUGCCUGUUUUAUCUCAGAAAUUUAUGUGUUCUUGAAUGUUCUCAAGAAGGUCCCAGGCUCUUGCUGGCCGAGAGGAAAAUGCUGGGCUCCUUAUUGUGAUAGUUGUUCCUUGCUUUCCUGCUUUUGUUUGUUUUUCUGUCAUCAUUACUUUUUUUUUUUGUUUCGUCUUUGUUUUAAAUCUGCCAGACAGAUCAACUAUGUAGUG